AUGGAGAAGAUCACCGACAAGAUCGCGGCUUUGCCGCCUGAUGGCCACUAUUUCUCUCUGGAAUUCUUUCCUCCCAAAACCCAGAUGGGAUCAGUCAAUCUUCAGGCUCGUCUGGAGCGUAUGGCACAGGCUCUUCGGCCUCUAUUUGUGACUGUAACAUGGGGAGCCGGGGGAACGACUGCGACAAAGUCUCUCGAGCUGGCCGAAAUCUGUCAACGCCAACUGCAAUUGACGACAUGUCUUCACCUGACUUGUACAAACAUGAACCGGAAGCUGAUCGACGAUGCAUUGGAGGAAGCCAAGGCCCUUGGGAUCAGAAACAUUCUUGCCUUGAGAGGAGAUCCGCCGCGCAGCGGAGAGUACAACGUGGAAGGCGACGACGAUAGCAACAACGACUUCACGUGGGCUAUAGACCUAGUCCGAUACAUUCGACGCACUCACAGAGACUACUUUUGUAUCGGUGUGGCUGCAUACCCUGAAGGCCACCCCGGAGAGUCGCAGACCGAUGUGCAGGACCCAGAACGGGAUCUGCCCUACCUCGUCGAGAAGGUCCAGGCCGGUGCAGAUUUCAUUAUGACUCAGUUGACAUAUGAUAUCGAAGCGUAUACAAAGUUUGAGAACACGUUACGCACUCAUCCUUCCGGAGCAUUGAAGACGAUUCCCAUCAUCCCCGGUCUUAUGCCUAUUCAGGGUUACAAGAUUCUCACGAGAGUUACGAAACUCAGCGGUGCCCAUAUCCCACCUCCUAUUGUCUCGCGGAUCGAGGCUGUGAAAUCGGAUGACGAGCAGGUCAAACAGGUUGGUGUUGACAUUGUCAGUGAGAUUGUGAAUGAUAUCAAGGAGCUGGCCUGUCCCGGCCCCCGGGGUUAUCACUUUUACACGCUCAACCUAGAAAAGGCCGUUUCGUUUGUUCUUGAGCGCUGUGACCUGAUCCCACCAUAUAACGAACCCGACGAAGUAGCGAUCGAAGAUGUCGCUAUUGAAGUUACUCAGAUGAAUGGCACCGACGGUGCGAAACCUGCCUUCGCCCGCCGCCGAGCGUCUUCUAUCAACUCCGGUCCGCACAAUCGGGUUAUUGUCGACAAGCUGCAUGUUCCUGUCGACCAGCAAUCAGAACACUCUUCCAGAAAAUCUAUUACAUAUGAAACUCUUGCCUCUAGUGCCGGGGUUCCGGCUUUAAAUCCGCCUCCGCGCAGCACCCAACUACAGAUCUCUGAAGGAAUAGGAUCGCUGGGCCGCGAGGCCACCUGGGAUGAUUUCCCCAAUGGUCGAUGGGGUGAUGCUCGCUCGCCUGCUUUUGGUGAAAUCGAUGGAUACGGCCCAUCGUUACACGUCAACGCUAAUGUGGCACGGCAACUAUGGGGAUUCCCGGUCAGCAACUCGGAUAUCAGCACUCUCUUCAAAAAACACGUGUCUGCGCAGUUGUACAUUGUUCCCUGGUCUGAAGGAGGUGCGGCAGAAGAGUCGAACCUCAACGCCGAGACCGAGACGAUUAAACCACAGCUAUUGAAGAUUAUCGAAAAGAACUGGUGGACGCUGGCUUCGCAACCUGCAGUCAAUGGACUUCGCAGUGACGACCCUGUCUUUGGUUGGGGACCUCCUGGCGAGGGAUUCGUUUUCCAAAAGGCAUUUGUCGAGUUCUUCUGCCCAAAUGCCGAUUACAAGAAUAAGAUCAAGCCCACACUCCUAAAAAACGGCAGUAACGAAUUCGCUUGGUUCGCGACAAACGGCGCGGGAGAUUUCGAGUCGUCUUUCUCUAUUCCCGAGAACACAACACCAGACGGCUCGCCCACCGAUGCUCCGGCCGAAGCUGACGAGGACUACGUCGAAGUAUCCGACAGCACAGGCAUGGCCGUCACAUGGGGUGUAUUUCGCGGCAAGGAAAUCACAACGCCCACAAUCAUCGAGGACGUCAGCUUUCGCGCCUGGGGCGAAGAAGCAUUCCGUAUCUGGGACGAGUGGCGACGCAUCUACCCUCGAGGGUCUGCGACAGAACGGUUUCUCGGCGAGAUUAAGAAUGAUGUCUGGCUGGUCUGUGUCAUUGGCCAGAGGUUCGGCGCAGGCACAGAGCCCGGAUCGGAAGAGGAAAAAGCAGAGACUCAUAUGCUUUGGGAUAUGCUUGUAAAUGCAUAG